CGCGCCCCACGCGGCUCCGAGUCCCGACCCGCCGGGGUGCCGCUGAUACCAGCCCGGGGCUUGCGACGGGCGCGCGACCGGUGCCCCUGAGACCCCACCGCAGGCACCAUGGGCGCUGCCCACUCGUCGUCCGAGGAGGUGCGGGAGCUCGUGGGCAAGACCGGCUUCUCAUCGGACCAGAUCGAGCAGCUCCAUCGGAGGUUUAAGCAGCUCAGUGGAGACCAGCCCACCAUUCGCAAGGAAAACUUCAACAACGUCCCUGACCUGGAGCUCAACCCGAUCCGAUCCAAAAUUGUCCGUGCCUUCUUUGACAACAGGAACCUGCGGAAGGGGCCCAGCGGCCUGGCGGACGAGAUCAACUUUGAGGACUUCCUGACCAUCAUGUCCUACUUCCGGCCCAUCGAUGUGGCCAUGGACGAGGAGCAGGUAGCGCUCUGCCGGAAGGAGAAGCUGAGAUUUUUGUUUCACAUGUACGACUCGGACAGCGACGGCAGGAUCACCCUGGAAGAAUAUCGAAAUGUGGUCGAGGAGCUGCUCUCGGGAAACCCCCACAUCGAGAAGGAGUCGGCUCGCUCCAUUGCUGAUGGGGCCAUGAUGGAGGCAGCCACUGUCUGCGUGGGGCAGAUGGAGCCUGACCAGGUGUAUGAGGGCAUCACCUUUGACGACUUCCUCAAGAUCUGGCAGGGGAUUGACAUAGAGACCAAGAUGCACGUGCGCUUCCUUAACACGGAAACCAUGGCCCUGUGCCACUGACCCUCCGCCAUCUCCAUGGAGAAGCUGCACCGUGAUGCAGGGGCGCCUCCCCAUGUGGCCUGGAGGCGGGUGCAGCCCCCGUGGGCACCCCUGGCUGCAGCCCCUGUAAACAACCAGCCUCUUGUCUGCGCAUGCUGUUUUCCUCUCUGGUAUGGGACCUGGGACUUUUUAUUUUCAAUUAAAUGGGUUUGUUAACGAA